AUUCAUUAGAUUAUCAUGAUAAUGUAGUCUGUGAGUAAUGUAUAAGUUAUUAUAAAUUAUGAUUCAUCAGUGCAGUAAAUCAGUCUGUUAGAAAUUAUUCAAGUAGAUACUACAAACUCACGUGAAUGCUCAUAAAAUAAUUUUUACUUGUUUUUACAUUCAAAUCAUGAAUUUUUUAUUAAUUUUAACUGUUUUUUUAAUCAUAUUAUUAACUACAACUUUUGCAACAGAAAAAUAUGUACCAGAUGCUUCAUUAAGUGUACCAAAAAUAAUUAAAUACUAUGGCUAUCCAUCUGAAACUCAUAUUGUGGAUACAAAAGAUGGAUACUUAUUAGAACUUCAUAGAAUACCACACGGUAAAAAUAAACAACAGUUUAGGAAUUUCCCAGUUUUAUUACAACAUGGAGUUGUAGCUAGUUCAGCAGAUUGGAUAAUAAAUGGUCCUUCAAAAGCACUUGCUUACCAAUUAGCAGAUCAAGGUUUUGAUGUAUGGUUAGGAAAUUCUAGAGGGAACACUUAUUCUCGUUCUCAUAAGAAUUUUAGUCCAGACAAUGAAAACUUUUGGAACUUCAGUUUUCAUGAAAUGGGAAUAUAUGAUAUGCCAGCUACAAUAGAUUAUAUUUUAAAACAAACAAAACAUAAUCAAUUACAUUAUAUUGGCCACUCAAUGGGAACUUGUAUAUUUUUUGUUAUGUGCUCGAUGCUUCCAGAAUAUAAUAAUAAAAUACGUGUACAAAUUAGUUUGGCUCCAGUGGCUUAUGUGCAUCAUAUGACAUCAAUGUUAAAUGGUUUAGUACCAUAUGCAAACCAAAUACAAAAAGCUACAAAUUGGAUUUCAAAAGGAGCUUUUUUACCUAAAAAUGCUGCUAGUAAAAUAGUGAAUAAAUAUUUAUGUGGGGAAGAUGCUAGUAAUUCAGAAUUAUGCAAAAAAUAUAUAGUCUUCAAAAUUUUUGGGGAAGAUUCUGUUCAAUUUGAUAUGAAAUUAUUACCCAUAAUACUAGCUCAUAAUCCAGCUGGUACAUCAGUGAAAACAUUAAUACACUUUGCGCAAGAAGUCAAAACAAAACAAUUUCAACAGUUUGAUUAUGGACCAGAAGUAAACACAAAUAUUUACAACUGUUCAUAUCCACCAAAAUACAAUUUAAAUAAUGUAAUUACACCAAUAGCAUUUUAUUAUGCUAAAAAUGAUAUAUUAGCAGAUUCUCAAGAUGUGAUUGAGCUCUAUACCCAUUUAAGAAACAGAUUGGGCUUAAAUCUCAUAAUGUUUGAUGAAUUCAAUCAUGUUGAUUUUCUGUACAGCCGUAAUGUUUCUGACAUGGUAUACAAUAGUGUAAUAAGAACAAUAUCUAAGGUUGAUUUGCUUGGUUGGGUACCAGUUUAUGAUAAUACAGUUUCGUUCUAUGCCUUAAAAACUGAUAAUCAAUGCAAUGAUUCAGAACUUCACGAGAGAAGUUCAAGGAGAAAGAAAAAUGGAUUCUGGAGUAAAUUCACCUCUAUAAUGGAAAAAAUGGAAGUUCAACCAAUUAUAUCAACAGAAUAAGAAUAUAAUGAAAACAAUGGCAAGACUACUGAUAAAUUAUUAAGGCCUUAGAAGAAAGCAUAUAAUAUGUGAUAGUUUAAAAAUAGAAUACACAAUUAAUACACUUUUAUUUAUUUUAUUGAAAAUUUUUUGUCAACUUAUAAACUAAUUGAAAACACAAA